UAGUCUCUUUAUCCACCGCCUUUUUUUAUUCUUUAAUUUUCCUUUUUUUUUUUUCAACUUUUUGGGUUUAUUAUAGCUUUAAUCAAUGCUUGAGUUGCUCGAUAUUCUCUACUGUUUAUUUCCUUUGUGGAGGAAUAAAGUUGUACAUAUAUGCACCUAAAUAGAUAAAAUUCGUGAGUUCUAUUUUUUCACUUGGUAUUUUGGAUAAAUUACGUGUUGUGAUGGAGGGAAUGUACGGAAUUAACGGCGGUAGUGGUGUGGUUAUGACAAGAGACCCAAAGCCACGGCUGAGAUGGACGGCUGAUUUGCACCACCGUUUUGUUGAUGCCGUCACUAAGCUUGGUGGCCCUGAUAAGGCAACACCUAAAUCGGUUCUAAGGGUAAUGGGGUUGAAGGGCUUGACAUUGUAUCACUUGAAGAGUCAUUUGCAGAAGUAUAGAUUAGGACAGCAACAAGGCAAAAAACACAACACUUUUGAACAUAACAAAGAGAACAGUGAAAAUUCUUAUGGGCAUCACAAUAUGCAUAUGGCGAGCUCAAGCGUCAAUUCGUCGAGCAUCAAGAGUGAACAAGGGGAAAUUCCAAUUUCUGAAGCACUUAGGAGUCAAAUUGAGGUGCAGAAAAGACUACAAGAACAACUUGAGGUGCAAAAGAAAUUGCAAAUGAGAAUAGAAGCUCAAGGGAAGUAUUUGCAAGCAAUACUAGAAAAAGCUCAACAAAGCCUUUCCUCUGACGCGAACCACUCUCAAUGUCUCGAGUCGACAAAAGCUCAGCUAACCGACUUCAACUUGGCUCUCUCGAGUUUCAUGCAAAACGUAAAUACGGAUGGACGCAAUGGAAAUAUUGUGGAUUAUGGGAAUUCGCACGAGUCAGAUUAUGGUAGACAAGAAAGUAAAGACAUCAAGCUUAUUAAGCUCGAGGGGCCUUCUGUCGAUUUUGAUUUAAAUACCCGAAGUAGCUACGAUUUUAUUGGCAUCAAUGGGUCGGUGUUUGAAGCUAAACCGCUCGCAAAUAGAUAAGAAUUUCAUUUUUUUUGUCAUUAUUUUUGGGAAAAGAUAUAUUAUCACGCUCAGCCAAUAUAUAUUGCGGUUUCCUGAUAUCAUCACUAUAUUCAGAUUUUACUUUACUUUUCAUUAGCUUCUGAUGAACUUAAUCACUUUAAUAAGUU